UUACCUUUGCAUUAAAAAUAGCCUUUAAAGAACUAACAGGUGUUACCGAUUUUUAAACCGGCAUUAUUUUAAAGUGUACAUUUCUGCUUUUUUUGGCAAUAAAUGUUAUUUAACUGAUAAAAAUGACACGAAUUACGUUUUUACAUCCGGAUCUUGGUAUUGGAGGAGCAGAACGGUUAGUGGUUGAUGCUGCGUUAGCUCUAAAGAAAAAUGGGCACGAGGUUAAUUUCGUGACAACUCAUCACGAUCCGGAGCAUUGUUUCUCUGAAACAAAAGAUGGAACAAUUUCUGUAACAGUUGUAGGAGAUUGGUUACCCAGGCAUAUUAUGGGUAGAUUUUUUGCACUUUUUGCUUACAUUCGUAUGAUAUAUGCAGCUAGUUAUCUUAUUUUUUGUCAAAAUCGACCUGAAAUUGUAUUUUGUGAUUUAGUUUCUGUAUGCAUUCCUAUUCUUAGACUACGAAUUCCAUUUAUAAUAUUUUAUUGCCAUUAUCCAGACCAGCUGCUUUCACAACCACAAGGCAUUAGUAAACAACUGUACCGGGUACCUCUUAAUUAUUUAGAAGAAGUAACAACUGGAAUGGCACAUAAAAUAUUUGUAAAUAGCAUAUAUACGCGCAAUGUAUUUAAAGAAACCUUUAAAAGAUUACAUGUUGAGCCAGAAGUUUUGUAUCCUUCCAUUAACACAGAUUUUUUUGAUAAAACUCGAGUAAUGUCCUUAGAAAGAGUACUUGAUAAAAAGUUACCACCAGAUAGCAUUAUAUUAUUAUCAAUUAAUAGAUAUGAACGUAAGAAAAAUUUAGGACUAGCAAUAGAGGCAUUAGCAGAACUUGAGAAGUAUUUAACGGAAGAACAAUACAAAAAAGUAUAUUUAAUUAUGGCUGGUGGAUAUGAUAAAAGAGUCGAAGAAAAUGUAGAACAUUAUUUAGAAUUAAUAGGACUAGCUGAUGAACUACAUGUUUCAGAUAAAGUAAUAUUUCUUCGUUCUCCUUCUGAUAUUGAUAAAGUAUCUAUUUUACACCAUUGUACUAUUUUAAUAUACACACCUCCAAAUGAACAUUUUGGUAUAGUUCCACUUGAAGCAAUGUAUUCAACUAAACCAGUUAUUGCACAUAAUUCUGGAGGUCCAAAAGAAUCCAUCAUUUCUGGGGUAAAUGGUUAUUUAGUUGAUUUAGAUGGUGAUAAAUUUGCUUCAAAAAUAUCUCAUUUGAUUCAAAAUCCAACAUCCAUACAAGAAUUUGGUAAGGCAGGCAAAGAUAGAUUUACGAAAACUUUUAGUUUUUCGGCAUUUAGUACUCAAUUAAAUAAAGCAGUUGACGAUUUAAUUAGUGAUGAUAAAACAAAAUAACAUUUCGAUUAAAUUUGUCACUUUCAUACGUUACUGAUAAAGAUUUUAACUUUUUUUUUUUUUGUUAUUCAAGUGCAUGGAAAAGUUACAUUAAUUCUAAAUUGUUAAUAAUAAACGUGUCGGUUAUAAUAUUUUUAUGAUUGAGAUCUUGAACAUGAAAUUGCAAUGCAAUUAUAACAUUUGCUACAUUUGUUUGUUAGCGUAUUGUAUUAUUGUGCGUAUGACAUAACAAAACUUGUUCCUUUAUUUUUAUCUUUAUAAAUAUAAGAUACAUCUAACGUAUGUAUUUGUUACAUAUAUUCUUAUCUUUAUUUAUUAUUUAUAUUUAUUGUGCACAUGAUAUUUACAUUACAUUUAAAGGAACACCCCUGGUUGGUAGAUAUAAAAACAUUUAAAUUAUAUUACAACUAUUUAAUUUUAAAUUAAAUAUUUUUUAAUACAUUGACUAUUAUGUGAAGGUAUCUUAUGAGAUUAUUAAAGCUUUUAUUAUAUAAUUAAAUAAAAUACAAUCGUUUGAUAAAAUUA